AUGGAUUAUGUCAAAAAGGCGAUAUGGGGGCCAGAUCCCAAGGAGCAACACCGUGCUAUCAAGGCUACUUUGAGGAAGAAUGGAAGAAAUAUAGAUAAAACUCUGCGAGAACUAGCAACUCUCCAACAAAAGACGCAGCAGCUGAUUAAGAAGGCAGCGAAGAAGAACGAAGUCAGUACGGUGAAGUUGUAUGCUAAGGAGCUAUAUGCAAUCAAUAAGCAGUAUGACCGAACAUAUGUGACAAAGGCUCAGCUGGAAUCCGUGGGGAUGAAAAUUGAGGAAGCUUUCAGAAUGCGUACUUUAUCACAUCAAAUGGCAGAUAGUGCUGAACUUAUGAGAGAGGUGAAUUCCCUAGUCAGGCUGCCACAGUUGCAAAGCACGAUGAUGGAGUUGGAGAAAGAAUUAGUCAAAGCGGGCAUCAUAAGCGAAAUGGUAGACGAUGGGCUGGAGAGCGUACAAGCAGAAGACGACGAACUUGAUGAAGAAAUUGAUGAAGAAGUGAACAAGAUUGUCGAAAAAUACACCAACGAGAAAUUCGAUAAGAUGCACGAGGUUCCUAAAUCCGAACUGCCCACAUUUGAGAAGGAGGAAGAAGUUCCUGAAGAAAGAAUUGAUGAAGAGGCGGACAACAUGCUGAAUGAGAUGCGGGAUCGUUUGAAGGCUUUACAAAAUUAG